AAUCGCACAAAAAAAGUGAUCUCGCAAUUCUUCCCACUUUUCAUUGGGGGUUCGUUUUGUUGUUAAUUAAAACCACCGGAUGCCACCGCGGGCGGCUGAACGGCGGGAUGCGGUUGGUGGCCCUGCUAGUUUUGGAGCUGCUUCCGCUCUUCCUCGUCGCGCAAUCAACCUCGGGGAGGAGCUCCUGCGAUAAGACGCGCCGCGUGCUCACAAACCCGUUCGGGGAAAUCAGCGAUGGUCCGGCCGUCAACUACACCCAGGAUUCGCACUGCGAGUGGCUGAUCCGGGCCCAGAACGACAGCCAGUUCGUGACGCUACAGUUCCGGACGAUGGCCACCGAGUGUUCGUACGAUUACAUCUUUAUCUACGAUGGCGACUCGUUCCGGGCCCCUCUGCUUGGGAGUUUCAGUGGCAACACUGAACCGCAGCGUGUGGUCGCCUCCUCCGGCUCCAUGCUGAUCUUGCUGUACUCCGACACAAACUACGUGCUGGAGGGUUUUCGGGCAGAGUAUUCCAUAACGAACUGUCGGAACAAUUGCAGUGACCACGGUCAGUGCGUCGAACAUACGUGUCGUUGUGAGACCGGCUGGGUAGGGAAUGAUUGUGGCAUCGAAGCGUGUCCCAAUCGGUGCGGUGAAGAAGCUGCACCAGGCACCGGUAGCGUCCAAGGAACCUGCGCCGGAGAUCGAUGUCGUUGUGCAACGGGCUACGCCGGCCAAGCCUGUAGUCUGGAGCUGGACAAUCCUGUCGCGAAGCAGUGGCACUGGUUGUCUAGCACACGGAACGGUCUUCCGCCAAGGGCGGCCCACUCGGCUGUGUACUAUGAGCGCUCGGAUGCGCUGUACGUGUUCGGUGGCUACAACCUAAACGAGGUGCUGGACAGUUUGUGUGUGUUCCGGUUCUCCAGCAACCAGUGGGAGGAUGAGUGGGGUGUACGGUUAGAUCUUCGACACGGUGAUGUGGCCACCGAUGAAACUGAAGCAUUGCUACGCAGCAGAUCGUUGCUACUGGAGGAGGAAUCGGAACGAUUGCUUGGAUUGUCGCGUGAACCAAACUUCCUCUCGAACGUCCUCUUCACACUGGCCGAUAACCGGAGUGGCUUGCUGACGGAAGCGUUCGUGAAUGGAUCACGUCCGGUCGGACGGUAUGGUCACGCAGCGACCGCCAUGCACGAUGGUUUCGUCCUGUUCGGUGGUAAACUAGCGAAUGGUCUGCUUGCGAACGAUCUCUGGCUGUAUAACGUAUCAGAGGCCGGUGGAACAUGGUCGGAGCGUGCCCUCGACUCGACGAUCCGGCCACCACCCCUUACACGCCAUACGAUUACACUGGCCGGUGAAUUUCUGUACGUGUUCGGUGGGGCGAUGGAAGAUGGAGAGUUUUCGUCGCGUUUGUUUCGCAUUCGACUGCGUGGCCCCACCGAGGCUGGAACGGGAGAGCAAUGGGAGGAGAUAGUGCCACGCGGUGGCAAGACACUGGAUGUGCGGAUGGUGGCCCAUACGACCUCGUACCAGCGUUCCACCAACUCGCUCAUCGUGUACGGUGGCAUGCUGGCAAAUGUGGCCCGCUUUUCGCGUCUCUCCGAUCGCAUGUUUGCGUUUCAGCUUGAUCAUCGACACUGGGCGGAACUGCAGUACCCACGGACGGCACUACAUGAUGGGUAUGCGCCACGUGAGCGUGCCUUCCACACGACCACCAUCAUCGGAAACUAUCUGCUAGUGUUUGGUGGCUACUCGCACAAGCACAACAAGGAGGAGAUUUGCUACGACAACCAGAUGUACCUGUACCAUCUGGGGUGCCACAGCUGGAUCAAUCCGGAGGUACUGGCCCCGGCAAAUGUGCGCUUCCGGUAUCCCAAGAAGCAGGGUGUCUUUGCACACGGUGCCGCUGUACGGCGCGGUCAUACGCUGUUGAUUGUCGGUGGUUACCAUGGUAACGUCAAUGGUGACUUGUUGGCGUAUACGCUUCCUGGUAUGCUGGUGGUGCCGGUGAAUGAAGGUGAAACGUUCGCACCGGAAGCGGCCUGUCCACGGCACACCUCCUUCAACGAGUGUCUGGCCGAUCUCGAGUGUGGCUGGUGUUCGGCCGACAGUGUGUGCUACGGACGCACGAUCGGUGCCAACUGUACCACGAAUCUGCAAACAACGCGCUGCAAAGGCAUCUGCUCGGUGCUGGGCGAUUGCCAUUCCUGUCUCGUGCAUGGUGGUGCAUCGGCGGAUGGAAAAGGAGAGGCUUCUGUUGGUCGGUAUGGGCCACAUGGUCAUCAUCAUCAUCAUCAGCAAUCGAUCGCUCACAAGCUGGGUCUUGAUCGGUGUACCUGGUGCGUACAGAAUGCUCGCUGCCACCACAAGGACGACAAUUACGGUGUGUGCGGUGAGGAUACCCCAUCGCAGAAGCCUGGCUGGUGGGGUACCAAGGGUACCGAGGUGACUCGGCCGAGUGAAUGUACCGCGCUCGAUAAAAGACCCGGACUAACGUUCCUAAAGUAUCUUCAUCCGGUGAACCUCUCGAUGCCGGACUCGGUAAUGAUUGUGAACGCGACAAUGGCCGAUUUUAGUUCGCCUCCUUCGAACACACCAACCGAACUGCAGCUACUCGGUGGUCAGGUUAUGGCGCGGUUGCUUGGAUUUAUUCGUUUCCCCGUGAUCACACCCGCGGCCACCGUGACGUCAGUGAACGAUCGAUCGAGUGCCGUACUGCAGGCGUGCGUUAGUCAUGCCAAUGCGAUGCUGGUGACGGUGCAGGUCCCUCCCCGGGGAUCGACCCCGAUCCCCGUCAUUCCCAGUGCCGGCAUGCUGACGACAAACUUCUCGUCCAACGAAACCAGCCAGACAUGCCAGUCGAUCAAGUGGACCGAUCAUGCCAACAUCCUGGUCGACUUUCGUGCCCAUCGCAACAAGGUUGGCCUGUAUGGUGGUUCCUCCCUGUCGCACGGUGCAGCGCACCAUCAUCAUCCGGAUCUGAGCCAGAUGCAUCUGCAGCACAUCGGUGUCGCUGGUGUGCCACCGCAGGCGUUUACGUUCGAGUUUCUGGAACCGUUCACGAACGGGUCGGCCGCUUGUGCUACGUAUGGCAACUGUCUCGAGUGUCUUUCGGAUUCAUCGUGUGGUUGGUGCGAUCUAACCGGGGUGUGUUUGUCACGUGAAGCGAACGAAUCGGAACAGUGUCGUUCGGGGUCGGAUUGGCGCUAUCUAACCAUUCAACCGGCUCACUGUUCGAACUGUUCCAACUUUAUCUCCUGCGAACAGUGCAUCGAGUCACGGCAGUGUGAAUGGUGGACCGAGGAUGCAGCGUGCGCACGCCGGGGUCGAUCCGAGGCGGCGGUGCGUUCGAUAGAUCAGUGCCCAACGCCUUGCUAUCUGCGCUCGGAUUGUUCGUCCUGUUUGAACGAUCGUGGUCGGUGUGUUUGGUGUGAGGCUACGAGCCAGUGUUUCAGCUUUUCCGUCUAUACCAGCGAGUACCAGUUUGGGAUGUGUCGGGAGUGGCUCGAUCAAACCCUAGGUCCACCACCACCGUUAGGAGCGACACUCGAUGGUGGUUCAUCGUCCAUGGCAACGGCUGCAGGGCAGCGACAACAAUCAUCACUGCUUACUACGAUCACCAGCGGUAAUGUGCAGCAGUGCAAAUCCUGUGAAAGCCUCCAGAACUGUACCUACUGUCUUCGUUCGCUAAGCUGUGGCUGGUGUUUCGAGGUCGACAAUCCGAUCAACGGUGUAUGUAUGAGCGGUGAUUUUGGCCGCUCCGCGAGCGAUUGUCAGGAGGCACUGGUGGUACGCAACAACAGCAUUGGAUCGACGGGUGCAGUCGCUGCAUGGGCCUACGCCCAGUGUCCGGAUGUGGACGAAUGUGAGCUGGGGUUGCACGAUUGUCAUGAGCAGGCCGAGUGCACCAACACGCACGGUUCAUUCAAUUGCCGAUGCCGGAAGGGUUUCUUCGGUGAUGGUGUCCGGUAUUGUCGGCAGACUUGCUACGAAACGUGUCUGCAUGGGCACUGCUCCGGUGCACCGGAUUUCCGGUGUCUGUGCGAUCUUGGAUGGACCGGUGUCGAUUGUAGUGUGAACUGCGAAUGUAACAAUCACUCCACGUGUCUCCAGGGCAUCGGAAAGUGUGACCGGUGUAUGAACUGGACUGAGGGUGCGGCCUGUGAGCGAUGCAGUGCCGGUAGCUUCGGUAAUGCCACGACGGAAGCCGGCUGUCAGCCGUGCAAUUGCAAUGGCCACGGAAAUGUGGCGCUUGGGGUAUGCGAUGCACAGACAGGCGAAUGUUACUGCCAGGAUUACACCGAGGGCCUGAGGUGUGAGAUGUGUAAUCGGAACUUUUACGGUGAACCGAAAGAUGGUGGCCAAUGUUACCACGAGUGUGCAUCGCGUGGUGUCCUGACGCAGGUUGGAACGCAAGGACUCGGUUCGUACCAAUCGAGCCGCAGUGCUAACGGUCUGGAAACCCGGGAAUGCCUCUGGAUUGUUAGCCCUACGACGAGAGCCGGUGUGGAGCUACGGAACGCGAUCAUACAGAUCGAAAUCGAGGCCGAUCGGAUGAAUGUGACUUGUGGCGAGAAUGCGGUCUACGUGUACGAUGGACUACCAGAUCUGACGGGGGUAGCGCAACAGAAGCAACUUAUCGCGGUUUUUUGCAGCGAAAAUCGUGGUUCCUGGACAGCGGAAGCCCGCUCCGGACAUCUGACCGUGCACUACAAACAUGGCCGUCGGGGACAGGGCUUUAAUGCGAUCUACUCCGUGAUGAGCUGUACGGCGGACAGCUGCGAUAGGCCGUACGUGUGUGGGGAGGACGGUCGAUGCGGUUGUCCGAAAGGUUUCACGGGACCACGCUGUACCCUGCGCAUCUGUCCAUCGGAUUGUAAUGAGGAAAAGCGGCACGGAGUGUGUGACCAUGGCUAUGGUCGAUGUAUCUGUGCGGCUGGAUUCGGUGGAGAUGAUUGUUCGCUCGCGGUCAAGCCCUCGAGUGUGGUCUUUACCGAGCUGUUCAACUCGCACCUCGUCUCGGAGAGCUUCGAGCAUCUGAGGAAGACGUUGCCUCGCUUUGGCCACACGUUGGUCGCGGAUCGACGCGGUUCACUGUGGAUGUUUGGUGGUUACUCGCUGUCCCAUGGACCCCUGAACGAUAUACGGCAGUUCGAUACGAAGAACAACACCUGGAUGCAGGUGACGGUGGAUUCGAGUCCGGAAGAUCGGAUGCCACAGGGCCGGUACUAUCAUGCGGCCGAAAUCAUUAGCUCACGGCAAUCAAUCUUCAUCUACGGUGGUCUCUCGCGCAACGGAACGUUAGAUGAUCUGUGGCAGUUUGGGCUGCAAACGCAACGAUGGAGUUUGGUGUCCCAGAAUGGGACACGGCCACCGGGAUUGGCCGGCCACACGCUUAACCUGGUGCGCGAUGGUGAGAAGGAACAGUUGCUGUUGAUCGGUGGUUUCUCGAUCGAGCGUGGACUACAGAAUCGAGUGUGGUUGUACAAUCUGGCCACCGGUAGCUGGUCACCGUUAACGUUCGCGUCGGGUCGUACGCCGGGUGGCCUGUACGGCCACACCGCCGUCUAUCAUGCGACGAACCAGGUGGUGUACGUGUACGGCGGUAUCCGCACCGUGGACGGGGUGUCGAUCGUCUCGAACCGCUUGUUCGCUUUUAGUGUUCCGGACAAAACGUGGACAGAGCUACCCCCGUUCAUCUACCAUGGCGGUGAGUUUGUACCGUCACCAAGGUACCUACACUCGGCGGUUGCUACGGAGAAUUAUAUGCUACUGUUUGGGGGACGCUCGAACGCGACCUCACUCAGCACGGAACAGGAAGUGAUGAUCGCGUACGUCUAUCGCUGCAAUCAGUGGAUCCGGUUGGCGAAAGAUGCGGAACGUAUCGGCACGGCAUACGGCGUCACGUACGCGCAGGCCAUGGCACAGGAUGUGGAGAGUGGUGCGAUCUACGUGGUGGCCGGUUGGGAUGGUAGCAACCAUUGCCGGGUAACGCGCAUCAAUCUGCCCGAAGAUAUGUGCGAUCUGUGGAGCAGAUCGAAGUACUUCUGUCGCCAGUACACCGGGUGCAGUUUCUGUUCGGUCAAAUCGGCCAUGCCCGAGGACAGCCUCUCGCAUUGCUACUCGGUCGAACGACCGACGGCCGCCUGCGAGGGAUACAAUGGUACGAUCUCGUUCAACAGUGGUACGGCGUGUGAUGGUACGUGGAUCAGUCGGCGGGCCUGUGGUUCGUUUAAGACGUGUGCCUCCUGUCUGGCCAGCUACCCCUGGCACGGUGAACGGGAAUCGCCUUGCCAGUGGUGCCCGGAUUGUCACACGAAGGGAAGCUGCAUACCGCGCGUAGUGUCACCCCUGGCAACCAGCGAUUGUGCGAUGCAGAAGCACUGCACAACAACAACACCUGCACCGAAUCUGACGACGAUCGAAUCGGUUGAACAGUGUCCCGGUGGUCGGUGUGUGGCCGGAGAUUGUGAAGGAUGUCGCGCGAUCCCGGGUUGCGCCUGGGAGCGGGAUGGUCAUCAGUAUCGUUGUCGGCAGGUGGUUGCGUUGAAUACCGGAUCGGAAGAAUCGGAACCAAAUCCAAGCAACCAUACGGCGAUGUGCCCGGUGCGCUGUAACGUCUAUCGCAACUGUAGCUCAUGCGUACGUCACGUAGCAACGGUUGGCGGAUUGUAUCGUGAGGAGCAGUGCCUGUGGUCAACGCAGCUGAACGAGUGCAUCUCACCGACGUUUCAACCACUGUACUGUUCCGGCGGUAUCUGUGGUUUGGUGGUGCAACCGAAUGAACCACAAUCCUGCCCUGAACCGUGCUCCAGCUUUACGCAGUGUUCGAGCUGUUUGCGCCAUGCCUACUGUGGUUGGUGUUCGCGCAAUGACACGGAAGGGGAAGGCGUUUGUACGGAGGGAUCGGUUGAGGGUCCGGCGAAUCAUGCCGCGGGGUCGACCUGUGCCGCCAUCUACCAGACACGCAGCAAAGCACCGGCGGAACCAUCGGAUCGGUUCGGAUGGAACUACUACAAGUGUCCACCGGAGAACGAGUGUCAGAAUGGCCACCAUAACUGUGACGCCAGGUCCGAACGUUGCGUGGAUUUCCAAGCAGGCUAUGAGUGUCGGUGUGCACCCGGGUACAGUGCCAGUCCGGGAUCCUCGGAGUGUCUCCCGGUUUGUAGCCAGGGAUGUGUACGAGGAAACUGCAUCGAGCCGAAUGUGUGCGAGUGUGAUUUCGGGUACGUCGGGGUCAACUGUAGCAUCCAGUGUCAGUGUAAUGGCCACUCGAACUGUGCCGGUCCGGGGCAGCUGGAUAAGUGUCUGCAGUGCUACAACCACACCGUCGGUGAUCAGUGCGACAAGUGUUUACCGUUCUACGUCGGUGAUCCACGUAACGGUGGCGAGUGUGUUCCGUGUUCCGAGUACUGCCACGGUCAGACGGAUGUUUGUGUGGAGCGUGAUUCGGAAGCGGUCAUGCGGAACUUGCCACGGGCGGCAAUUGAAGAGCGGAUCCAUGAAGGCCCAUUGAGCGAUG